AUGGAUACCUGUGAAACGGGCCACAAACAACGGGCGCAUUUUAAAUUCACGUCUGAUGGAAUCGGGGACCUAGCACGAGAAGAACCAGGACAAUUGAAAUCUACCACCGCAGAAGAUUAUCCAGGGGUUGUAUAUGAUUUCCCAAAGCAAGUUAUUAAAAUGAGAAUCGGAAGAACCAUGGAAAUGGCUGGGAGGAAGUCGAAACUUGAAUAUCAAUUUAUCACACCUGUUAUAAACUACGAAAAAGUUGUUCCUGUUGUGGAUACACGCACUGCUCAAUGUGUUCCUACGCCAACUUGUCCUAAUUGUUGUCCUAACAGUCCCAGAUGUAAACCUUGUUAA